UCAGUUUAAGCAUCUUCCAGCUCUCUUCAGCUUCAAAUCCAGAGCAGCCUUCAACAUGACCAUCAACACACUCAGUCAGCACGGAGUGCAGAGGCAACAAAUGCCUUGUCUGACUAAGAUGGAGCGCAUGAUCAUAUCCAUGCAGGACCCUGAUAUGGGCAUCAAGUUGCGCAACCAGCGUCUCCUUAUUACGGUCAUACCACACGCAAUGACUGGUGCAGAUAUUUUUGAAUGGCUGAUUAAGAAGUUUUCUAUCUCUGAUGAAGAGGCAUUGCACAUUGGACAAAUCUUUGUGAAGUACGGAUACAUUUACCCUUUAAAAGAGCCCAGAAACCUAAUUCUGAAAGUUGACAAUUCACCUUACCGCUUCCAGACGCCAUAUUACUGGAUGUCAACACGCUGGCCGGCUUCAGAGCUGGACUAUGCAAUCUACUUGGCCAAGAAGAAUAUCCGAAAACAAGGAGAACUAAUUGAGUAUGAAAAGGAGUGCUAUAAUGCUUUACAUAAACGUAUCAACCACACCUGGGACUUUGUUGUGAUGCAGGCAAGAGAGCAGCUCAGGGCAUCAAAACAGCGUCGGAAAGCAGAUCGUAUAGUGCUGGAGUGUCAGGAGCAAGCUUACUGGCUAGUGAACAGACCUCCUCCGGGGACUCUGGACAACAUAGAUCAUGGACCGGAGAGAAGAACCACGAACACACGAGUGCAGCUGAAUGCAGAUUUCUACAAAAAAGAGAUUGAACAUAACAGAAUAAGCCUGGCGAGGAAUCGUGUAAAGUCCUCAAUUUGCCUUGAGAGUUACGUUAAGUACUGUGAGCAGUACCAGCCCCAUGACCCCAUAAUGCAAGGAUGUCUUCCCAGCAACCCCUGGAUCACAGAUGAUAUCAUGUUUUGGAACAUGAACUGUGAAACAGUUUCCGUGCCGACUAAACUGCGUGUGGAGCGCUGGAGCUUCAGCUUCAUGGAGCUACUGAGUGACCCAGUGGGCAGAAAAGAGUUUCUCACUUAUUUGGAGAAAGAAUUCAGCGCGGAGAACUUGUGUUUCUGGCAGGCCUGUGAGGACGUCCGUCACGGAGAGACCUCAAAGAUUCCAGGGAAAGUGGAUGAGGUUUACAAGCAGUUCCUGGCUCCUGGUGCAAGUCGCUGGGUCAAUAUAGACAGCAAGACCAUGGAAAAGACCUUAGAAGGAUUCAAGCGGCCUCAUCGUUUUGUCUUGGAUGAUGCUCAAAUGCACAUUUACUUCCUCAUGAAGAAGGAUUCAUACCCUCGUUAUCUCAAAUCUGACCUCUACAAGAACUUAUUAGCCAGAGCCGUAGUACCACAGGAGACCAAGAAAAGUGUGUUACCAUUCAUACAUCGCCAGCGUCACUCCAGCCCCUCACCUGCCCUCGCCACCCAAGCUGCAGAGGAUGAUGGGAAGGCAAAGAACUCUAACUCUUUCAAAAGCAAUUCUGGAACUGCAUCCUGGCUUUAAACAUUUUGUGCUAUGUUACCUAACAC